AUGCGGGGUGUGUAUGAAUUCAUCUCAAGCCCUUUUGAAGAGGUGCUUGUUGCUGAGAUCGACCAAAAGUUAUGUGCCCUUUUAUUUCAUUCGUACAAAUCUGAUGCCAUUACAGACUUAGCUAAGAUCUAUCCAACAGUUAAAUUUGCCGAGGGUCACAUUGCUAAUGUGAAGGAUAUCACGAAAAUGCUCAAUGAUUUUCGAAGAGAGGUAUACAAGCAGCUGUUGCGCAUUCCAUAUGGAACAACCAAGAGCUACGCAGAGGUUGCCAAGUUAAUGGGUCGCCCAACCGCUUAUCGCGCUGUUGCUCAAGCUUGUGGAGCGAAUGUUCUACCUGUUGUGAUUCCAUGCCAUCGAGUAGUUGCCUCGGACGGAUCGCUGGGCGGCUUCAGCUCGGGAGUUGAGAUCAAACGCCGACUACUAGCUAUGGAAUCUAGAGAAGAGCAGAAGUACUGGCUGAAGCUGCAGAGGCGGGGAAAAGCAUUCGCUAUACCGUCGAGACUUCGCCAGUCGCAAGACAAGGAUGACUGCUCUCCGGGACCCGAAGGAACAACUAUUGCAUCGAGAAAGGGGAUGGAGAUAAUCAUCUACGACUUCUACUCCGAUCUCUUCGACAGCCAUGUUCACUUGCCUCCUCACCAUCUGAGGGAAGACGGACAUGUCAUUCCAGAGGUUCUCCCGUCCGAAAUAGGACAUGCUAUCAGGUCGGUAAGAAAUCGUACGGCACCCGGUCCGGACAGAAUAAGACCAGAACAACUGAAGAACCUUCCGCCAGUACUCAUGAACACCCGGGCGAGGCUCUUUACACGUUAUCUGUCGGAAUGCAAGGUUCCUAAACAGUGGAAGACCAGCAAGAUAGUGUUGCUGUAUAAAAAGGGAGAUCCACAUGACAUCGGCAACUAUCGUCCAAUCUGUUUACUGUCCGUCAUCUACAAGCUCUUUACAAGAGUGGUCCUUAAUAGGAUUGAAAAAGUCUUGGAUGAAGGACAGCCAUGCGAGCAAGCAGGGUUUCGAAAAGGAUUCAGCACGUUUGACCACAUUCACACUGUUUCGAAACUCAUCGAGGUAUCACGAAAGUACAAGAUGCCGCUCUGUCUCACCUUCAUCGACUUGAAAAAGGCCUUCGACUCAGUUGAGACGGAAGUGGUCGUGGAAGCCUUGGACAACCAAGGCGUCCCUACCACCAUCGAGAACGCAAUGCGAAAGUUGGAAUGGGACGAUAUGGGAGUGAAGAUUGAUGGUCGGCAGCUACACCAUUUGCGCUUUGCUGAUGACAUCGUACUGAUAACACCUAGCAUCAGCCAAGCGGAACGAAUGCUGACCGAAUUCGACGAAACAUGA